CUGCAGGCAGCUCUUCGGAAACUGAUGAAAAAGGCGAAAAUAUGUGCUGAAUGGAAGGAUGAUCUUCAGCAACAGAAAGCUGACUGGGAGGACCAAAUACAGAGCAAUGUAGAAAAUGUUCAGAGACAGUUUAAUAGACUAAGAGAGUUCCUGGACUCCAAGGAGAAUGAGGAGCUGCAGACGCUGAAGAACGAGAAGGAACAGGUUAUUGAAGAGCUGGAAGAGUCUGAAAAUGAGCUAAGGGAACAGACAGAGUUGGUGGGAGACCUCAUCUUUGAUGUCAAACAUCAGUUGGAGCUCUCAUCCUUGGAAAUGCUGCAGGGUGCAAAUUGUGUCCUGAGAAGUUUCAUCAUUUCAGGACUCAUGGAUGUCCAGCAAUACUGGGUUCAUAUGGAUCUACAUGCAAAGAAUGAUGCAGACAUUACCAUUAACAAAGAAAAAAGACAAAUACAAUAUAUAGGUUACAAUAUGAGUAAGCUUCCAGUUUCUGAGACCUACAAUUUGGGUGUCCUGGGAUAUCCAGCUCUUUCCUCAGGGAAGCAUUACUGGGAAGUAGACGUGUCUAGAAGGGCUGCCUGGCUCCUCGGAUUAAAUGAUGGAAAGUGUGCUCAACCCCAACUUCAUUCAAAGGAUGAAAUGAACUUCAUAAAAAGACAUCAAUUUUAUAUUAAACAAAAUGUAAUGUAUCAGCCUAAAUGUGGCUACUGGGUUAUAGGGAUGAAGAAUUCGUCUGUAUACAAGGCCUUUGAUGAGUGUUCUGACACCCACAAUUCCAGUGUCUUGGCCCUCUAUCUCCCUGGUCGUCCCAGUCGUGUUGGAGUUUUCCUGGAUCGGGAAGCUGGCACUCUCUCAUUUUAUGAUGUUUCUAACUGUGGAGCUCUCAUCUAUAGGUUCUAUAACCCUGCCUUCCCUGUGGAAGUCUAUCCAUAUUUUAAUCCUAUGGAAUGUUCAUACCCAAUGACAGUAUGUGGGCCACCAUCCUAAACCCUCACCUAUAUAUCUAUACAGUGCCCUCAUGUCUGGUUGUAUCUUAUGUGCCAGAUCACCUUUGCAUUAUUCUAACUGCCCCCCCCCUUGGGCCCUCCAAUUUAAUGACCUUCAUUUCUAACCACAAACCACUGUGGAUUCAUUUCCUUGAUCCAGUUGCUUGUCUGCUCACAAGAUGAUUACAGUCAUUUGUCCUUUCCCAUAUUCCAAAAAAAAAAAAAAUUAGUUGUUUCCUCACAAAGUGAAAUAGAGCCUCUGCUAACAGCAUCUCUGUAGAAACACAGUCAAAAGAGUGACUCAUGGUGAACAAUGUCUUAGGAACCUGUAAGAGAAGCCCCAGAAAAAAAAGAAAGAAGGCCUUUAACCUCAAGGAUAUUUUGUUCGCUGGAUUGCUUUGGAUGUGAUUUCGUACAUCCUGCAAAAAGAACAUAUGCAUUCAAUUUGUAAGGUAUGCUUAUUCUUGUUGGGAGUCAGAACAUAGCUAUAGAACCAAUUCCUGUGCAAGCAUAUCCUGGAUGCCGGCCUCAAUGUACAGAUUCUGAAUAUGGACUUGUGCCUAGACUUCAUGCUUUUCAAGAUAUCAUGUAUAGCAUAGUACCAGACAUUUGUGUUUAUAUGGUCUGCCCUGAGACAGUUAUAGAAAAGGUUUGUUAAUAUAUUCUUACUGCUAUGUAUUUACAUGUUUUUCUGAUUUGGUUUUUCUGAACUCAUCAACCUUCCUGCUUUCUUUUGUACGUUCAUGUUUAAAAGCUCAGUGAAACUGAAGUAAGUUGUCUGCAGCAUCAGGCUGUAGUUCCGCCAUUCUUUAACGUCUGCAAACCCUAGGUCUUACAGACAGAACUACCUAGGUCCACAACGGUAGACAACCUUCCUUCUUGUGGUGACAGAGAUAGAAACCAGGGCUUCCUGAGUGCUUAUGAGUUGCUCUACCACGGAGUUACUUGCCUCAGCCCUGUCAGGUCUCCACAGCCACAUUCUUUCUGUCACUGACAAAAGAUGUAAAUUCUUCUCCAGGGUGUCUAGCAGUUUAAUUUUGUAAUGAAUGAUAAUGGUGACAGUGAUACCCAUAACUGUACCUUCUGUUGUGUUGUAAAAUGUAAACAGUAGAAUGUUUCUAGGAACUCAUAUUGCUUCUAUCAUGAAAGAGGUAUCCAAUAUGGCAUCUGUUAAGGUUUUUCUCCCAUUU